GAUUAUAAUUUUUAUAAAUAGAGAUCAACCUUGGAAUUCCAAGAGCCUCCUUGGCCGUGAUGACUAACCUCGACCAAGACUGGCCCGAACCCAUAGUCCGUGUCCAAUCCCUCUCCGAGAGUGGGUGCCCCGUCAUCCCUAGCCGUUACAUCAAGCCUCCGACGGACCGUCCGACUGCCUCCGCUGCCGCCUCCGACGCCGUCAACAUCCCAAUCAUCGACGUCCACGGCUUCUGUCUGGACCAAGACGAGGCACUUCGAGACACCAUUCUGAGGCAAGUCUCGGACGCCUGCCGCAAUUGGGGGUUCUUCCAAAUCAUCAACCACGGCAUCAGGGCGGAGCUUCUGGACGACAUCCGGCAAGGGUGGUAUGAUUUUUUCCAGCUGCCGGUGGAGAUUAAACAAGGCUAUGCUAAUAAUCCUAGGACUUAUGAAGGGUACGGCAGCCGCCUUGGUGUUCAAAAAGGAGCUAUUCUUGAUUGGAGUGACUACUUUUUUCUUCACUAUCUUCCUCCUCACCUCAAAGACCACAAUAAGUGGCCCGCCCCCCCGCCUUGCCUGAGAGAAUUGAUAGAGGAGUAUGGGGAAGAAGUAGUGAAGCUAGGGGGAAGAUUGUUGAAGCUUUUAUCGCUAAAUUUGGGGCUUCAAGAAGGGUAUUUGCGGAAUGCGUUUGGAGGAGAAGACGUAGGAGCUUGUUUGAGAGUGAAUUACUACCCAAAAUGCCCCCAGCCGGAGCUGACCUUGGGGCUCUCGUCCCACUCCGACCCCGGCGGAUUGACGCUACUACUUCCCGACGAUCAAGUCGCCGGACUUCAAGUUCGCAACGGCCAUAAAUGGAUCACCGUCAAACCAGCUCCCCAUGCUAUUAUAGUCAAUGUGGGCGAUCAAGUUCAGGUUCUAAGUAAUGCAAUAUAUAGAAGUGUGGAGCAUAGAGUGAUUGUAAAUUCGAAGAAAGAACGAGUUUCAUUGGCUUUCUUUUACAAUCCAAAGAGCAACAUUCCAAUAGAGCCAGCAAAAGAGCUAAUAACAGAAGAUAAACCCGCGCUUUAUUCUCCAAUGACUUUCGACGAAUACAGACUUUUCAUUAGGAUGAGAGGUCCUCAGGGUAAAUCCCAAGUAGAGUCAUUAAAGUCCCCGAGAUAACCCACCAUUCCCUAUGCUUUUCCUUUCAA